UCAGAAAAUCCUUAGCAGAGAAGAGAUCCCGCGUCCUGAGACAUCCGAUGGGACGUCUCACGUCACGGACGCCCGCUGGAAUCAGAUCGAGCAGUGUUGGUCAGUCGAUCCCUCUGCUCGUCCAUCUGCCUUCAUGGCUAUGGAGUUCGUAAAGAAUGAACUAGAGGUUGUGAAACAAGAUGUAAGCUUAUGACUGGUCUCUUCACGCAGAGUCGAGUUUCUCUGACAGUAUGUCCUUGUUGGUGGGGGUACAGGAAACUGAUCAAAAUGCGUACUGGGUCGCGGAGCAGAUCACUGCGUCUGUUCCUCCCAGACACAGGGUACCAUCCCAGACUAUGUCAGCACCGACGUCUCGGUCUUCAUCACCAACGUUUCGGUCUUCCUCACCAACCCUUGUUCCGUCACCAAGCCGAGCCCUCACUUCUCUAACACGCCAUUUCCUCUCUACGGCCUCAACGCUGUCACUUACAGGUCCUUUGAAUGUGUUGCUUUUUGGGGAGACUGGAGUUGGGAAAAGUUCCAUCAUCAACUUGAUCAUGGGAGGAGAUACUGCACAGACGUCGCCUGAUGGAGGGACCUGCACACUUACGCAUACUUCCUAUGAAGUCGAUCUUGGAACCCACAAUUUCAAACUUUGGGAAGUUUCGUCAAUCGGAUCGAUGGGUUUCUUCCGGUCCUUUUUCAAGAAAUGGCGCCUGAAAAAGGCACUCAAGAAGCUGCACAGAGAUGAAGGAGUCUACCUUCUGUUAUAUUGCAUGAGGGGAUCGAGGGCACAUAGAGCACUGCUAAGUGAUUAUAAACAUUUCACUGACAUAGUCGGCUCCACCGCCGGGCCGGGCCGCGUACCCGUCGCUGCUGUGGUCACCUCCUUGGAAGAUUAUCCUACGAACAUGGACAAUUGGUGGACGAAGAACAAGGACAAUCUGGAACGCCUCGGGAUGCAGUUUUCCUCACACGCUUGUAUCACGUCGCUCCCUUAUGAUCCAAAUUGGACAUCCGCAAUGCGCGCACGUCGACAUCAAUCAGAGCAAGCCAUCCGCAAACUCAUUCAUGACUCAUAUCGAGCGGGUCGAACACCCGUCAGUUCCAAUCUAGCUUUUUCUUCAUGAAAAUAAAAUUUCAAGCUUGGUUGCGCAUUAUGGUUUAUAUAUUGGAGAGGGUCCCCUGGUGGGUCACUGCACGUACGUUACGCUGUCACGGAAUCGAUUCAAGUGGAAAUUACAAGGCUUCAUUUCUUCAUUUUUGACUACCAUCAUCGUAUCCUUUAUGACACACUGUGCUAGUAGCUAAUGUCAUGUAUAUGCAGAGUUUGAUAUUACAGUAGUGUAUCGUUACAUAAUUUCCCUAUCGUG